UUCAUAUAAUAAUCCAAGCAAAAAAUUCAAACUUUAAUGUUUGGGCACCUUUCAAGUUUCCAACUUUCCAUGUUCCACUACCUCAAUUCCAGUGUUUUAUGGAGAAUAUUGCAGCAACUCCUCAAUAUCUGAAAAAUGGGUCAGAAAGUAGAAUUUCCUGUCUUUACCGAGACUAAUUUGGGUACUCGCAUUGUUAUCGCCGUUUCACCGGACAUCACUGCCGGAAAAUUUAAAGGGGAAUUUGAGAGAGCACAUGUUGAUUGUUUCCCUGAACUAGGACUUCUCUCUAUUAAUGCAGUGAUGCAGGUAAAGCAGAAUUCCCAAUUUUACCACCUAUCUGAUUUGCUGCCUCUAAAGCAUGUUUUCCAGGGUUUUCAAGAUUCAUGGCUCCUCCAUGUAAAAGCAAGCCUUAAGAACAACUUGGCAGAUAUCAAUAACAGUAAAAAGUUUUGUCUGGUCAAUCCUCUACUUGUAAAAACUGACUAUCAUUUGGGCAAGAAGAAAAAAAGAAAGAAAAGAAGGCCUAAAGUGAAGGAACUUCCUAGUAGUUUCAGUCAUGAACGACUUGAGAGAGAAGUGCUCCAUCCCAGUAGUAAAGUACCAGAUUCCAAUGCUACAGCUGAAAGCCCCCAUGGAAGCUUAUCUGGAGCAGUAUCAGUCUCAGGUAUCAUUAAUAGAUACUUCACGAAUUUAAUCAAUGUUGACCACAUUGGAUGUGCUUCCACCUCAGAAGUCCCCCAAAGAACCGCGAAAUGUGAUGUGGGGAAAGUUUGUUCUAGUAAGAGGAGCUCUAAGAAGCAAAAUUCUUUAACAACACCCAAGAGAUUAUUGCCCUCUCCUUUGCAAGAAAACUCAAUCUCUGUUGCUCUGACAAACAAGUAUGAAAGAUCUGAGAUUGGUGAACGUUUAGUAGUUGCUUCAAAUAAUCUUGGAAGUUCUCUAAGAUCAACUUGGUUGAAGAGUAAAAAAUUGUGGGAUGCAAAUGCAGAGUCAAUUGUUAGGAAUUUGGUUUUCGAAAUCGACAACAAUGAAUGAAACUUUGACAGCAUUGAAGUAUGGCAAAGGCUACAAUUAUAGCUAUGUUACUCAGCCUCUGGUGCAUGCCUAGGUGUCCAACUUGGUUAUUUUUGAAAUAUUUCUAUGGCUUUGGCCCAAAAUCAAGUGUCUAUACCAUGUUGGACUGUCGAGGAUCCAUCAUGGUAACUUGAGUUAAAAUGAAGCAUAUGAGUAAUUAUAGUAUCAUUUGAAGCAACAGGGAGACAUCUGCAAUUUUGGAUUUACCAAUAAUAGCCUAAAAUGAAGAGUAUGAGUAACUAUAGUUGUAACUUUGAUGGGUGAAGCGACCAUCUUAGGAAGUGAUUGCUUUGCAGGAUUUCCUCGGGUUUUGGAAUUGUUUACUGAUGGGAAGGCAACUAUUCAGAAGGAAAUCUGCUAUGCAAUGAACUGGAGCUUCUUCUUGAAGAAAGUUGUGGGAUAUCAACUAUAUACCUUCUCAGCCAUUCAUGAUACCUUCUUAAGAAGAAUGACUUGAGGUGGUCAAUUUUCCGGUUGGUGGCAGGGAAGAGGAAAGCAAGAAUUGGAGCUGAGAGGAAACUGACUAGUUAAGUUAUUUCCUUAUUGUAAAGGCAACUUUUGGUGGUAUCUUUUGCUAUCAUAGUGAGGUAAAUAUUCUUAUGAUAACACCUUGAAGAUUUCAGUUUUUCUUUGAUUCAAGUCUGCGUUUCGCUUACUCAACAGAUGCAUGAAAACUGUUACAGAUACAGGAGUAUCACUUUCACUUUGUAACCUUUGUUUUUUUUGCGUGUGUGGGUGGGGGUGUGUACCAUAUACCAACUAAUCUCUGUUUGGUGCCUUUUAUAUUUUGUAAUAUAUACUCAAUUUUCUCCUGUUGACAAUUUGUUCUUUUGAAAAUUUUCA